AUGGCUUUAAAUGCCGGAUCUGAGCCUGAUAUUGUCUUGUAUGACCUUGCAUGCAUCAAGGAUGUCUGCUUCUCCCCCACAGUUUGGCGUAUCCGCCUUAUGCUUAACUAUAAGCGUAUUCCUUAUAAGACCAUAUUCCUCGAAUUUCCAGACAUUGAGCCUACGCUGAAAGAGCUGGGCCUUAAACCUGGCAAAACAGCUACGGGUUCCCAGUCCAAAUACACAGUGCCCGCGAUCCAUCACAUACCAACCAACACGUAUAUCAUGGAUUCAUCUAAAAUUGCACAUUUCCUAGAAUCAACAUAUCCAGAACCACCAGUGCCACUAACAUCAGAAUUGGGCCGCGAAGUUGAGGUCAAGUCGCGAUCUAUCAUCGGCAGGACCCUCAGUGGCUCGAUAAUGCCACGGGAGAUAAACAUCCUGUCUCCACAUGCCCAGGAAUACUUUCGACGUACACGAGAGGCAUCGAUAGGACGGCGACUCGAAGACGUACUUGAUUUGGAGAAAGAAGAGCAGGAUUGGAUUGCCAUCGAUCCUGAACUGAGAGCUGUCGGCGAGCUGAUGCGGACAAACAAGGCUCAAGGACCGUUCGUGUUGGGCGAUAAGCCUACAUAUACUGAUUUCUUCAUUGCCGGAGCGCUGCAGUCUGCCAGGAUGGUUGACGAAGGCACAUUUCAGAGGUUUAUGAAGUACGAUGGGUACAAGGAUAUUUAUGAAGGAUGUCAGCCUUACAUGGAAAGAAAUAAUUGA